AUGUCGGAUGAAAGCGCGUAUGGACCACGAGUGAGUAUUGGCAUCAAAACAAAGGGCAAGUCAAACCGGACGAAUGUCUUGGGCGUCAGAGAAUGGAUGAAUUGGAGAUGUGUUCCCUGCGUACAAGUCAUACGCGUGAGAGAUUGCAUCAUACUUUGGACUGGUAACUUUUGGCUCGAGCAUAGUUGUUGUCAUUGGUUCGCUAUAAGUCCACCCGAUGUUUCGCUUCGAGGAAUCCUAGCGCUUUGUUGUCUGCGAUGGGCAUUUCCUACACCGCAUUUACAACUGUGUGCGACUGUGGUCUUGUCGUCCAAGGCGGCCAUGGGCUGCCGUGCAGUAGGCCUGCGAUCCGAGGGUCCCGUCUUGGACUAUAUCUCACUGCAUCUCCCUGGCUUUGCAUCCCUCGACAUGUCUAUUCGAUCUUCAUCUUCGACAACUUCUCAAAGCUCGUCUACAUCCUCUUCGGAUCAAAUGGCUACUUUUACUUCUUUCACUUCACCACAUCCAUUUCUGACCCCUGGCCGAGCAAGCACAAUUUCUUCCUGGACCUCAACACUACCAGAGCGAAGUUCCGGUGCACACCAGCAAUGCCAAUCUGAAUCCAAGACACCCGAGGCCACUGUCGAGGCCUAUCGACUGCUCAAGCUGGCCUUGUUCUCGAAAGCAAUGGCCACCAAGCGACAGGGAUCCGGAUAA